UUUUUAAAUAUUUUUUUCGCUUAAAACAGCAAUGAUUUAUAAUCGCUUGCUCAAAUAUCACAUUUGUUUCUUGACGUGAUCAUGCGAUAUAAUAACAACUAAUCCACUUCAAUGAAAUGCAGUCUUCCUCCCUUUUUGACAACCUUUGGCAGCAGUCAGUUGUAAAAAGGAAUUGUACUAUAAAUAGUAAAGAUCAUUUGUGAUACUUGAACGAGCGCAGUACAAUGGAAACCUUCCAAAUACUAUGUAAUGUCGCUGUCAUAAUUCUUGCUCUUUAUUAUUAUUUUACUUCAAUUCUUAACUUUUGGAAAGUACGCGGUGUUCGUGGUCCACGACCGAUACCAGGAUUUGGCAAUAGUAAAGAUAUUCUACUUCGAAGAAUAAAAUUGGGUGAUUAUAUGAUUAAACUGAACAGUGAAUACAAAGAUGAACCAUUGAUUGGAUUAUUCGAUAUGAGGGAACCCAUUCUUAUUGUAAAGGACCCAGAUUUAAUUAAGGAUGUUCUUAUCAAAGAUUUCACCACGUUCGCCAACAGAGGAUACAGCAUCCACGAAAAGGUUGAACCGCUGACGCAAAAUCUUUUCUUUUUGGAAGCGAAAAGAUGGCGGACCUUACGAACGAAGCUAUCUCCUGUUUUCACAUCCCGCAAACUACAGGGGAUGUUUUUGAUGAUAUCAGUGUGCGCCGACCACCUUGUAGAUUAUAUGGGACAAUUAGUGAACAAGAACGAGCCCGUAGAAUGUGUUGAGGUGAUGGCUAAUUACACGCUUGACUGUAUUGGUAUCUGCGCUUUCGGCAUCGAGAUGAAAGCUUUGUCGGACAAGGAAAACGAAUAUCGCAGGAUAGCAAAACAAAUAUUUAAACCGCCCGUGAAAGGUCUCCUGCGACUCAGACUCAAACAAUUCUCACCACGGUUAUACGCUAUUCUCGGUCAUAUUUUGCCGGACACGAAACUCAAUUCAUUCUUCAUAAAUCUUGUGUUGAACAAUAUAGCAUACAGAGAAAAGAAUAAUAUCGUUAGGAACGAUUUCAUCGAUAUACUACGUGAACUGAAGAAACAUUCAGAUAAAAUGGAUUUCGAUUUUACCGACACUUUGAUGGUUUCUCAAGCAUUUACGUUUUAUGCCGCUGGUUUCGAAACUUCAUCAACAGCGAUAUCUAAUACGCUUUAUGAAUUGGCUUUAAAUCAAGAAAUACAAGACAAGUUACGCAAAGAAAUUGAUGAGGAAUAUGCGAAACAUGGUAGCAGUUUACUUUAUGACAAUAUCAAGAAGAUGAAUUACUUGGAGAAGGUAUUUAAAGAAAGUUUACGGAAAUAUCCACCUCUGAUAAAUUUUACGAGAGUAGCACAGUCGAAUUACACUUUUAAAGAUACAGAAAUUAGUAUACCAAAAGGCCAAACAAUAUGGAUUCCUAUUUUCGCGCUUCAACACGAUCCGCACAUUUAUCCGGAACCAGAUGUCUUCGAUCCAGAAAGAUUUAAUGAAGAAGCUGUGCGAAGUAGGCAUCCAAUGUUUUAUCUACCUUUCGGCGAUGGACCAAGAAAUUGCAUUGGUGCUCGCUUCGCCAUUUAUCAGAGUAAAAUUGGGCUUAUAAAGAUGUUACGAAAUUAUAAAUUCGAAUCUUGUGAAAAAACAAAAAUACCUUACGAACGCAAUGAUAAUACGUUUAUAGUGAAGCCAAAAAAUGGGAUAUACUUGAAAAUAACUAAAAUCAAUCGAACUUGAGCUCUAAUAAAAAAAAAGUUCUUUUAUCUUUAA